AUGUCUGCACCUCCCGACUCGAACAGGACGCUAUCAGAAAAAUACAUCCAAGAUUGCUUCCACAGCUACCUUCGCUCGUCGCUCACACAAGCCAAAGCCGAGCGGAUCCUUGAUGUCGAUGUACUGAGUUCCGCAGAGAGUGAUCUCAUGAUCACUGGCCCUGCGCUCUGUCUCUACUUUGCCGCGCUCAGAUCGACCACGAACCCCCCCUCCGUCCCCUUGCCCAGGAAGGAGAAGAACCUACCCCCCAUCGAGCUCUCUCCGCUCAACUGCCCUCCUGCGUUCCUCGGCUUCCUGCGUGUGUGGACAGCUCACGUCCAGCAGAUACAGAGCCUCACUCCGGAGCAUCAGCACGAUCUCGCUCGCAUCAUCUGUGGCUUGGCUCCCGUGUCAUCCCCGUUGAACGUGAACCUCAAUCGCAUCGCGGCCGACCUCCGCGCCGUCGCUAUCGAAAUCAGCCAGAGGAGGUCUUUCCAGGACAAAUACAAUGAAGACCUUCAGGCUGCGAUCGAUGCCGGCGACUCGACUCGUGGUCGCACAAAGGCGUCGUUCGCGCCGCCCCCAGCGUAUACCCCAUCCCCCUCUCCCUCGCCGCAAGGAUCGCCUCGCAAGCGACCAGAGCCGCUAUCGGUUCACCCACCCCACCCUUCGGAGGCGGCCAACCCAGCGCUGCUCUCUCCUCCACCCACGUCAACGUCCGCGCACUUCCACCACUCGUCUGCCGCCAGUUCGCCCAGCACACCGUCUUCCACAUCCUCCUUCUCCCGCUCACCGUCUCCCUCCCUUCUCGCUGACUCGCCGACGAUCUCGGUGAUCCGCGAAACAUUGUACGCCGCCCUCGGCGACGUGCUCUCCCGAGUACCGUCCCUAGGGAGGCUCAUGAAGACCGAUCCUCCUCGGGCCUACUUCGCCGCCGUCGGCUUUGCCAUCCUCGAGGUUUCCACAACCUCUAUCACCGCCGACGGAUCGGUGGUAGGCGUGUUGGGCAGUGUCGUCACUUUAGACGAUUGUCCGCCUCCGCUCAGGCCGUUCAUGACCGAGUUGGCGGCCAUCGGACACGCGGCGAAGGAGAUGGAGGAGCAAGACGACGCGCAUGCGAUAGAGUUGGCGCAAGUGGGACGGGAAGUUCCCGAACCUCGGCUGGAACGGGUCAGACAGAUGCUGGAGAAGGGCGUCGGCUUCCGCGUACGGAACGGCGAGGCGGAGGAUGAGGGAAGGAGGAGCACUGAAGGACGGGCGGUGGCUUUCACGAACAGAAUCAAUGCGUUGGCCCUGGGCAUGACGCGCUUGCGGCCUUUCCGGGAGCGCCAGGACGAAGUGUUCAAAGUGCUGAGUGGUAUCAUGCAGCGGUGACCUGCUGCUCGUCGUUGAUGCCAGCGUCGAUUCGUUAUUACCGUUAUAGUUGAACUUAUUGUGCCUGCCGUGUACGACGUAGUGUAUACUUUGUAAUCCGUGUAAUUUGUAGUUCUGUAGCACCGAAGAUGCAAAGCCCGUUGAUCAUGAACGC